AGUCACGUCACUGUCCCUGGAGGCUGUAAGCAAACUAACAGGGCUGUUUUAUUCUCUGACAUUAGAAGCAUGCCAUCCACUUCCCAGUCAGCAGGAUGACUGGGAAGAGGAAAACGUUGUCUCAAACAGUGUCUCCAUAGCACUUCUGCCUUCUCCAGAACCUGUCCAGGUGUAAGAACUUGGGACAGCCCUCAUCAUGUUUUCAACUGCGUUAAACCCACAGUCAUUCUCUACACCAGGCUGGCAGAUUGAGAAGAAGUACUCAACUGCUGUCCUUACUGGAAACUGGGUGGAAGAGAGGAGGAAGUUCACCAGAGAUACUGACCAGGUCCCCCAGAGCACUCACAGAAAGGAGUACGUCGCUUUUCCAGGCCACAAGCCAGACCAGAUCUCCAGGUGGUAUGGGAAGAGAAGAGCUGAGGGCCUGCCAUACAAACACCUGACCACCCACCACCAGGAGCCUGUACAACGCCAUCUGAUCAGCACAUAUGAUGACCAUUACAACCGGCAUAAUUAUAACCCAAGCUUGCCCGCCCUCCGCACAUGGAGUAGACAGAAGUUGCUGUGGCUGCCAGAGAAGGCUGAUUUUCCUCUUCUUGGUCCCCCUACAAACUAUGGACUGUAUGAGCGACUGAAGCAGAGGUGGCUUGCCUCCAAGCCUGGCCUCAGAGAAAGUAUUUAUACUUCUUCCUACCCCAGACCACCAGUGUGUGCAAUGUCCAGGAAGGAGCACGCCAUCCUGGUCCCUCCCCAUUGCCUGCACCCUGUCUCACACUUCUGAAACCUACCACUCUACCAGCAGUUCAGCCAGAAACACCUGGAAAUUCACAGCAUUUCUGGAUCUGCCUGACAAUAAAAAGGUGCAGAAGAACCCAGGGAAUUAGGUCUGCCCCCAGAGGGAUCCUGAGAAUCAUGAGCUGGAUUUUAUGGUACUAUUACCUUCAAACCCCAGGGUUCGUUUCUUUCCUAUCUCUGAAUUAAAACUUUUCAACAUUGCCUCAGGACCAUGCACAUGCAGAAUACAAGCUAACAUUGUCCCAGAGAACCAGAAGUUUGAUCUCCUCAUUUCACGGGAGGGAAAACUGGAGCCAAAAUAAUAAUGGACUCCCUUGUGUUUUCACAAGUAAGUAUGAGUCCUCGAGAAGUGUCUCAAGGGAGGGAAAGCUCAUCAAAAAACUCCAGGGAAAAUGGAAGAGCUGUUGAGAGGUGAUAAUGAGGCUGGAGGGCAGCUCACCCAGGGUUAUUUAGGUUGGGGAGCCAGGCACUGGCUGUGAAGAAGGGAGAACACAGGGCCUUGCCCUGCACCCUCACAGUACUUUGCAAGAUCUGUGGAAGGAAGAGCCUGCUGUUGGGUUGCGAAUGAGGUUGGUGCUCUACAUGAGUUCAGGUGAACAACUUAGGGUGAACUUUUCCACCUUCACCCGGGAUAGACUUUGCCCUGACACGGUGGCCAGUUUGGGUUAAGAAUGGUCAGUCCAUAAUCUGGCCGCUUUCGCUUUGAGAUUAAUUAUAGCCCAGGCUUUCCUUGAAGAAUUUUUCUCUACCAUAUGCUUCCACCCCAUUUUCUGCAUUCACUACAGUAAGCCUAGUAUACGGUGCCUACUAUAAACUGGUGCUUGCCAGGCAAGGUGGUGCACGCCUGUAAUCUCAGCACUUGAGAGGCUAAGGCAGGAGGAAGGCUGCAAGUCUGAGGCCAGCUGGAACUACAAAAUGAGUUCAAAGCCAGCCUGAACUGCAUAGUGAAACCCUGUCUCAAAAAGACAAAAAUCAAACAAACAAACAGAAAAUCCAAGCUGGUGCUUAACAGUCAAUAGUUGUGUGUGUGUAUGACACCACGUCUCUUUUAGGAAUCCUAUCUGGACCAUUGCCAUAUGACCUGAGUCUCUGUCUCGAUAUUCCCCAUAAACCUCCACUCUAAAUGGGCCUCCCUGCCCAAGCCCUGGCCAAGUUUGGUCCCAGAAGCCUUUCUUUUUCUCAAAAGUUCAGUAUCCCACACUUUAGACUUACAAAAAAACACCUCUAGUGGCUUUCUCCUAUCACCUUCAAGGAGAAAAUUACCUCUCCACUUCUCCUUCCUUAGCACCAGCAUGUACCCAUCAUAGCAGGCUCAAAGUGCCCUUGUGUCUGGCAGAUCACCUGCUGUGUCUGCCACCAACACCAAACAACCAAGAGACAUUUUUAUGCUCUAAAGAAAAAUUAAAAUUAUUGGUGGUUGUAUUUCUAUUAAUCUUUUUCAUUGUAUCACUUUUGGCACCCACUACUGCACAUUCUACAAAAUGACAGUAAGGAAGGAAAAAGGAAAGAA